AUGUCCCAGCUGCUCCUAGUGCUAUGGGCAUCUACGGUGUUUAUGGAGCUCAACCGAGGCCUGAUGGCCAAUGUGGUGCCAGCAGGAAACCUGAGCUGCUUCCAGUGCUUCAAGGUUCCCUGGGCCGACCAGUGUCAGCCCAUAGAGUGCAAGCCCAGGGAAAAAGUGUGCGUGAGCAAUGAAGUUCUCAUUUACACAAGUACAAAGAGCAAAGCUCAGAUCAGCAAGCGCUGUGCCAUCUCUUGUCCCAACUCCAACAGCAUCUUUGAGUGGUCAGUGAGUCACUAUCAUGCCAGGAUCACCAGACAGUGCUGUGCAGGGGACCUCUGCAACAGAGCUCCUGAGAGUUGGCAGGGGUUUCAGGCCUUACUAGGAAGGCUACUGCUGUCAAUGGGUCUGGGCCUCUUCUGCACCCUGUUGGGAUGA